AUGGCGGCCAUCAAGCUCCCUAUCGUCGUGAUCGCCCGUCUUCUUCUGCCAACUCGCGGGUGGGAGCGUGUGGCCGAUAAUGUGGCGUCCGACGUGCAGGUGAUCCAGACUCGUGUCCACGACCAGGACUUCGACGUGCCAGCGCAUGGAUCGGCUGGUUGUGUUGACAACGAUUAUGGCGCCGUCCAACUUGCAAAAGAUCAUGCGCGUGUGUCUGAUGUCAGUGGUUGUUCGGAUGUCGGUCCGUACUGUGCAGACGCGAACUUGUCGAGCCAAGUUCUUGCAGUGUGCUGCGCCACUUGCAGCGAGGGGCCCGAGCCAGAGCCCAACGUGGUGCAUUGCCAAGAUCAUUAUGAUUGCCAGUCUUCGGAAUUUUGCUACGAUGGUACGUGCGACAGCUGCAGCCAGUGCCAAUUCUGCUCCGACGCUGCUUACGUCGACGAGUGUGGGCAUUGCGGACCAGGGUUCCCCUCGCAUGAGACGAUUCCCUGCCACUCCCAUGAAUACGUGGUCACCAAGGGGUCGCUUACGGUGACACAUGCAUGGAAAAAUUUGUCCUCAGAAGAGCAGCUGCUCUUUCUCGAGAAGAAAUUUAGCGAGCUCGACAAAGAUCAGUCUUCGACCCUGGACGUGGACGAGCUAGUGGGCGCCCUGAUCGGACAGGACCUCGUCGCGAUCGAAGCCGCCAACGGCACGCUCAACACUCCCUUUGACCAAGUGCUACUUCCCAGGGCUUCGGUGCAAGAGUUUGUGGAGAAGCACAGCGCCCAUGGCAGUGCGUUCUUGACCCUCGACGAGUGGCUCGCCACAACUCCUCAGCUGACACAGCGAGCUGCCCCCCAGAAGGCGUUACGUGGGCCUUCGUGCACCUUCGAGAGUAUCUUCUCACUUCCCAGCACCUGCUCGGAAACACAAUGGGUGGACAAUUGCGGGAACUCUUGCAAUAACGCUUGUACUAGUUGCCCGAGAUUGGCGCAUACGAAUUCGAGCGCGGUUGCGCGAGUUUCCCGAGAUUCGGGCUCCGUUGCGCGAACAUCUCAAGAGCUUGAGUUCUGGGGCGGGAGGCGCCGGCGUCGUUGGUGGAGCGUCGUCGUGGAUGUGGUAGAGACGGUCGUCGAUGUGGUCGUGUGCACUGUGAGCUGCGUCACCAACUGCGUGUGGUCGUGUUUCACCGAGGCAGUGGAGUACGUGUACACGUGCGUGGUCGACACUGUUGUGAAUGUGCUCAUGAGCUUCGGAGAAUGUUUGUCAGCUGUGGUGAACGCCGUCAACGACGCGGUCGGUGACAUGUGCGGCUUCGAUCUCAUUCCCACAAGUUGUUCUGGCGUCUGGGAUUGCAUUUCGGAGGGGGUGAGCAAUGCUCUCUCAUUCUUCGAGUGUGGAUUCUCGAUACUCUUGGAUAUUCUCGAGAACAUGGUCAUGGCAAAUCUCCGUUGUCUGCCGAACAUCGCCGACGGCAUCAGGGCUGCCCUAUUCCCUCCCGAAGCGAUAAUUGCUACUACAGUUUUCGAGGCUUUGUGGAAUUUCGGCGAGAGGGUCGUGAACGGGAUCUACUCAGAAGCUGCGGCCGUGAGCAUCGACUUCUGUUGGAAUUCAGCCCCCACCGCCGAAUUCACUGACUGUGGUGCCUUCGAUUUCGUCAGCAGUAUGACUAUUUGGGACGUGCUUGACGUUUUCGGGAUGGCCCAACGUUUCGCGGAUACCGUGGCGAAGUUCACCAAUUGCCUCACGAAGACUACAAGCCUCCCAGGGCUUAGUUUCGGCAUCCCCACUCCCUUCCUGCAAGUGGAUUGGACAGGAGGCUCGUGGUGUGCGCCAAGCUUUGUCCAAACUGCGGCCAAAGGAGUCAUUGGCGUGUUCAGGUACAUAGCUUCAGGACGGAUGCUCGAUGACCUCAUCAUUGUAGGUGACAACCUACUGACCAAUCUUCAGACGAGGCUGGAAGCAGUGUUCUGUGACGAAGGUGACUUUACCAUCACAUUGGGCGUCGACCUCCAGUUCGGAUACGCAGUUCUUGGCAUCAAGGCUCAGGCUGGAUGCCUCAAUGGAAGAUUCGCCGCCAAGAUUGUCGGUUUUGCCACGGGCAGAAUUUCCAUCUUCGGUUCGCCGUACACGUGGGAGCCAUCUGCCUCCGCGUUCUUCAGUAUCGGUUGUACAGCGGGGCCCUCCAGCACGGAGUGGUCGUACUGGGAGUCGUCUCUGAACGGCAUCCUGGCAUUCGAUAUUUUCAGCGGGACGGUUUCUCUGCCUCUCUAUCCACAGCCGAAGCUCGAGUUUGGCUACUCGUUCUCGCUCAAACUCUGGCCCCAACCAGCCCCGCCUCCCCGCCUGUCGGAGGGGGAGUUCAACAAGACAUCGCUGCUGCCGGCGCUGCGCCUCCUCUCUGGGGCUACGUCCGACCCCAGCUUCGGCGAAGACGUCAAGAGCAAGUUCCCAGACCCCAAGCCAAUCCUCGAGGGGGCCCGCAACGGCUCGCUCGAGAGGUCCAACAUGAACAGGAGUGCCGGUGAUCUCGCCGCCAGGAUCGCCAUCUCCGUCACGAAGAACUUCUGCUUCACUUGCGACGAUUUCGGAUCGGAGCCUGCCUGGGUCACGGGCCUCUCCAACAUGGCUCAGAAGUUCGCCUGCGCUGUGGGCCAGGCGGUGGCGGGAGCCUCCUGGGGUGCGCUGAGCCUCGCCCAGUGCUUCGCCCGGGUGACGCAGUGGGAGGCGGCUGGGAACUACUGCGAGUAUUUGUACUCCGACUCUCCGAACGACGGCUCCGACAUUCCGGGGACCACUUGCGCCUGUAUGCCACCGAAUGCGAUGUCUUCCGGGGCUUGCUACGCGGCGGUUGGAACCAGGGCCAGCGAGGGGUCUGCGCAGUUCGUGACUUACCGGCAUCAGAGGCUGACUUGCGAAACUGGGAGCGGAGCGGCAUGCAAGACUUGUGUCACUCCGCAGGACCGAGUGGUGAGAGACCAGUGUGAGACCUGCAACGACGGCCACAUACUGCUCGGCUACGUGUGCUCGGCCUACACGCCGUCGCCGACGCCAAAUCCGACGCCGUAUCCGACGCCAAGCCCAACUCCAUAUCCAACGCCAUAUCCGACGCCAAGUCCAACGCCGUAUCCAACGCCAUAUCCGACGCCAUAUCCGACACCUUAUCCGACGCCAAGCCCGACGCCAGAACCGACGCCAAGCCCAACGCCACUGCCACCGGGCGCCACGCAUGUUCCGACGCCGAGCCCGACGCCAGAGCCGACGCUGUAUCCGACGCAAAGCCCGACGCCAGAACCGACGCGGUAUCCGACGUCCAGCCCGACACCAGACCCGACUCGGAAUCCGACGCCAAGCCCGACGCCAGAACCGACGGCGACCAUGGCGACCUGCGUGGAUAUUCCUGGGUGGGGGAGCAAGGAUGGUACACCUUGCUCUUGGUAUAACACGGCCAAUGUUUGCACCACGUCUGGAGGCUAUGCAUCGGGAUGGCAUUCUGGAUGGGGCACAUUUGCAGAUUGGGCGAACGAUGGAUAUGACGGUUCGACAGCAUGUUGCGGUUGUGGUGGGGGCACGUCACCGACUCGUUGCCAGUACAUCGAGAUCCCUUCAAAUACAUUCGGGUAUGUCCAACUGCCGUAUAGUAGCAACAUUCGAGCUUUGUCAAUGUGGCUUGCGCCGUACAAGGAUGGAGGCUAUCACUGGGAGUACAUAUUUGACGCACGUACCGGAUUGGGCUCUGGACAUUUCUCUUUUCUCGAUUGGUCAUCUGGAUCUGGCAGCGCGCGUAUUGACAAGGGCAGCUAUUGGAGAGAUACGAUAUAUGUCAACGGAGUUGCCGCUACUACUAGUACCCUUGUUGCGAGUGUCAAUGCUGCCACCACCACCUACGCCCCGUGGAUUCACUUGUACGUAUCGUCAGACAGAACUUUCGGCGACGAUAUAACGGUGUUCGCCCGAUUCUCGCUCUCAGAGAAUUUGCCUGGAAAGAUCCAUUCUUUGGCACUGUGGCCGUCAGAGUUGUCCCCGUCUGACAUUUUGGCUGCGGCUUCGGGACAGACGACAUCAGUAACGCCCACGCGUUCCUAUUCCGCGGCAGAUUUAAGGUUGUACAGAUCGGGGACCGCGUCCCUCGUCGCCAAUGAGGUCGGUACUGCGCAGUGCCCGCCAAGCCCGACUCCAGCUUCGACGUCGCAUCCCACGCCGAACCCGACGCAUAGCCCGACGGCACACCCGACGCCGAACCCGACGCGUAGUCCGACGGCACACCCGACGCCAAACCCGACGCGUAGUCCGACGGCACACCCGACGCCAAACCCGACGCGUAGUCCGACGGCACACCCGACGCCAAACCCGACGCCGUUUCCGACGCCAAGCCCCACGGCAAGCCCGACUCCGUCUCCGACGCAGUAUCCAACGCCAAGCCCGACGCCAAGCCCGACGCCGAGCCCGACGCCAAGCCCGACGCCAUCUCCGACGACAAGCCCGACGGCAAGCCCGACGCCGUCUCCGACGCAGUAUCCAACGCCGAGCCCGACGGCAAGCCCGACGGCAAGUCCCACACGGACCCCGACGUCUGCGCCCACCUACCCCCCGCUUGGGGACGUGCAUGCAUCAGGUACUUGUAGCUGCUCCAGCCCUCCCUGUGGAUGUAACUGUUGGGAUUGCACAGAAGAGCGUCAAGCUGCUGGAUGUUGCAGUUGCGAAGAUGGGAAGAGUUGCGGUUAUGGCGAUACAAUGACUUUGUGCGACGGUUGCAUGGGUUGUUGGUACAAGGGCAAAUGUGGUUGCAGUACAGAUUCGGUUACUUGGCCCUUCUAUGAUGUAUUCGGUCUCACGUGCUCGAGUGAUGCAGGCAGCUAUCUGUCCUACCAUGCAGUGCCACCGACCUCAACCCGACGCCGAGCCCGACGCCAAGCCCGACGCCAUCUCCGACGACAAGCCCGACGACAAGCCCGACGCCGUCUCCGACGCAGUAUCCAACGCCGAGCCCGACGGCAAGCCCGACGGCAAGUCCCACGCGGACCCCGACGUCUGCGCCCACCUACCCCCCGCUUGGGGACGUGCAUGCAUCAGGUACUUGUAGCUGCUCCAGCCCCCCCUGUGGAUGUAACUGUUGGGAUUGCACAGAAGAGCGUCAAGCUGCUGGAUGUUGCAGUUGCGAAGAUGGGAAGAGUUGCGGCUACGGCGAUACAAUGA